CCUUAUGCAAAACAAGCCGUGUCGUCGACGGAAGCCAGGCGCUGCGUCUCGUCUUCCGACAGAUAUUCCUUUAAAGGCGCAUUUAAAGCCCUGGCUUCAGUCGUAGGAGCAGCGGACAGCCUGUGAAGCAACAACGUUCUGCCGCAGAGCCAGAGCAGCGACUGUCCGACCUCCCGGAGGACACAAACACCGAGCCAACUGGCUGUCAACGACCCGGCGAGACUCGACUGCCCGGCUUCACGUUAACGGCCAGGACCAAAGGAACAACGUCUCGGGGACAUUUAUGAAGCUUUCGAUGCCUUUUGAUUAAUCAGCCAAUCGAUGGGGAUUUUCGCAGGAGCUCCGCCCGCCAUCGCCACCCGCCCUUCUCCCCCCUCCCACUGCAGCCUGUCGCCCGUCCCCACCCACACCAUCAUCCAGCCCCCCAGACACAAAAUGACUCUGGAGCUCACCGAAUGGUCUUCUAUAUGGAUUUUUACUGCUUGUAAUAGACAGUAAAGCAAAACAAAGCCGCAAACCUCAAUGACAAAAAAGCCAUAAACACCCUAUGCACCCACACACACACAUCCACACACUCACGCACACUCGCACACAACACAUGCAAACACUGGCAUACCAACAAACCAAAUAAAUGUUCAAGCAGCAUCUCACACACGUCCCAAGCCAACACAAAGAAGGAAACGCACAAAGCCGCUCUUGGAAUGUGCCACUCACUCUUCCAGUGAAAUACAACUGCUCACUUAUUUUUGGGGGAUUUUGUACAAGCCUCAGAAAGCCGAUUUGCAUUUUUUAACUGGGAGGAAAACAAGAAGGAUUUAAUUUGAAGUUGCAGAUUUUUUUUUUGUUUCUUUUUUUUUUUUGGGAGGACAACUUGUUUGGGGCACAAGUGGUUGCAGAUUUCUUUUUGGCUUUCUCCUCUUUUAGAUCGAAGAAAAUUAUUGGUAGAUUGAGAAUUUGUAGCUUAUUCUCCAGUUAUUUAAAAAUUGUAGGCAUUUUCUUUUAACUAGAACAUUUUGUUGUUGAAUACUUACAGGUCAGUCUGUUACAUCCACUGGUUGCAGUUUGUAGCUUGAGAAAAUUUGAGCUUUAAGAAACUUGCUGUCAGUUUAAAAUAAGCUGCAACAAACUUGAUACAACAAGUUUGUGUUUACCUUUAGGAGGAGUUGCAAAAUAUUCAGUGCUUUUUUUUUUUUUUUUGCGUUAGAAGGGGAGUUUUCUUGUUGCGUGCAUGCCCUCCACCAUGCCUCCGCAGAACACAGAGGCUGACACCAUGCAGGUCGGAUCUCUGGUUGGCGGAAUCGGCGCCAAGAAAUCCAGCGCAUCGGGCCCGGAGGAGGAAAAAGCAGGAGCAGGCGGCGAGGCGGAUGGAUUGGGGGGCGAAGGAGGAGGCAAAGGAGGGGAGGAGUCGGCAAGCGAGGGGUCCAUCGAAGGUAUACCCUUGAAGAGAUGGGUGAUGCACGGCGCAGUGAUGUUUGGUCGAGAGUUCUGCUACGCCAUGGAGACGGCACUGGUGACACCUGUGCUGCUGCAGAUAGGUCUUCCGGAGCAGUACUACAGCCUGACCUGGUUUCUCAGCCCGGUUCUGGGCCUCAUGUUCACGCCGCUGAUCGGCUCGGCCAGCGACCGCUGCACUCUGCGCUGGGGCCGGAGGAGGCCGUUCAUCCUGGCCCUCUGCAUAGGAGCCCUGAUCGGAGUGGCGCUGUUUCUGAACGGAUCGUUGAUAGGUCUGUCGCUUGGCGACGAGGAGGGCAGGCAGCCAAUGGGCAUCGUUCUCACUGUGCUGGGCGUCGUAGUGCUGGACUUCUGUGCAGACGCCACAGAGGGACCAAUCAGGGCGUACCUGCUGGAUGUCGCGGAUACGGAGGAGCAAGACAUGGCGCUCAACAUCCACGCCGCUUCUGCUGGCCUCGGCGGUGCAGUCGGCUACGCUCUUGGGGGUUUGGACUGGACACACACGUUUCUCGGAGCGAUCUUCAAGUCCCAGGAGCAGAUCUUGUUCGUUUUCACUGCCAUCCUGUUCACCAUCUCGGUGGUUCUCCAUCUCUUAAGCAUUGAAGAACAGCAAUAUUCGCCACAAAGCGACCGGUUCGAUCAGGAGAGUCCAAAGUCCAACCACCUGCAGCCGUCAGCCAAUGGCAGGCCUGGACUUCCUGCUCCCAAGCUGGAAAUGAUUGGCGAGGAUGAUACGAUAGAAACCUACGACUUCUACGAUUACGGCGACGAUCAUUCAGAGCAAGGAGACAUGGACUUCCUGGAAGUAGAGCUGGUCAGAAGUAAAAGCGACAGCGUUCUCGCCAUGGCGGACGCCACCCUCGACCAUCUGGACCACGAUGCUCUGUUCCUGUGCCACCUGGAGCCAUCCAUCUUUGCCGAGCGCCUCUCUCCUUACCACGGGACGCCACCGAGGAUCCCGUCCUUCUUCAGCCCCGACCACAGCAGCUCCCGUCCGCGGCUCGCCAGCAUCAGGCGCAGCAGCAGCACGGGCAGCGAAGACUUGCUUCGCCCCCACCACGCCAGUCAACACACACACACUCCGGCGCCCAGGAUCUCCCGCCUGUCGGCUUUCCUGCAGGAGAUGGAGAACGACGACGGGCAGGAGGCCCUGCUGAACAACCAGCUGAACGAGCAGCGGACUCUGAACGGGCGACUGUUGGCCAGCGUGACAAACGCAGACAUGGGGAGCUCAGACAGGCUGAGCUCUAAAGGACAAGCACACCGCGCCGGGAUGGUUAAAGCCGCCAGCACCGGAGCUCCUAUGCGUCAGCCGCGCCGCCAUCACACCUUCUACCGCCAGCCGUCCUGCACCUUCUCAUACUACGGCCGCGUGGGGAGCCACCGUUACCGCUUCCGCCGAGCCAACGCCGCCCUCCUCAUCAAGCCGUCUCGCAGCAUGAACGACCUGUACGAAGUGGAGGCCCGACACCGGAGGCGGAACAGGAGGCGCAGCAGACACCGCAGCGGGAACACGAACUCCUCCAGCGGCGACACGGAGAGCGAGGAAGGCGAGGUUGAGACCACCGUACGUCUGCUGUGGCUCUCCAUGCUUAAGAUGCCUCCAGAGCUGCUGCGACUCUGCGUCUGUCACCUGCUCACCUGGUUCUCCAUCAUUGCUCAGGCGGUGUUCUUCACAGACUUCAUGGGACAAGUCAUCUACGAAGGAAACCCCACUGCUCCUGCUAACUCAACCUCAUUAGAAAAUUACCACAGAGGGGUUCAGAUGGGAUGCUGGGGGCUGGUCAUUUACGCCAUGACUUCUGCUAUAUGCUCAGCUGUUCUUCAGAAGUAUCUGGACAACUUUGACCUGAGCAUCAAGGUCAUCUACAUCAUGGGGACGCUUGGAUUCUCAAUAGGAACUGCUAUAAUGGCAAUCUUCCCUAAUGUGUAUGUUGCCAUGGUGAUGAUCAGCACCAUGGGCCUCAUCUGUAUGAGCAUUUCCUACUGCCCCUACGCGCUGCUGGGACAAUAUCACGAAAUGAAAGAGUACGUCCAGCACAGUCCUGGUAACUCCCGCCGAGGGUUUGGGAUUGACUGCGCCAUCUUGUCCUGCCAGGCUUACAUCAGUCAGAUCCUUGUGGCCUCAGCUCUGGGCGCCGUAGUGGAAGCUGUGGACAGUGUGAUCGUCAUUCCCAUGGUGGCCUCUGGGGGCUCUCUUCUUGGGUUCUUCACCGCCUGCUUCUUGGUCAUUUACCCAACACCAAACAAUGGGGAGGUGGACUCCACCAAAUCUUCAGAGAAACAGGCCUUGACAACGGUGGAAAACCCAAGCAGCAACGAAGGCCCCGUUACCGUGGUGACGGAGAAACCUACCUUCCUGAAGCUCAAUAAGGAGGGAAAGGCGGCCACCACCACCACUUCCUGUCACAUGGAGAACGAGUCUGCUCUGUGAUUGGCCUGCAAAAUAAACUCAAUUGACCAUCGGAAGUGAAUCGCUGGAUGAGACUAAAAUGUUAGCUUGGUCCUUCUCUGGGUUUUUGCUUUUCGAGACACUAAAUAAUUCAAUCUGCUGUGAAGGCCCCCGCGUCUCGUCACAUCAACCGGUCCAAGUUCUUCUUCAGCAGAAGUUGGAUCGACACGCAGGUGUAUCCUAGUCAUCCAGGACGAGGCUGUUUGUGUCUCUCAGGGGUUUCUGAGAGGAAACUUUAAUACAAACUCUAACACAUCAUCUGGGGUCAGAUGGACACCUUUGCUCUGAACACUGCUGAUGAACAUUAGUCCUUAAUGCUGCAAUCAUUACAAAAAAAAAUGCUGAAAAUUGUUCUUCCUCAGCCUGGAGUCAACUUGAUCGAACUUUCGCUUCGUUACGCUGAAGCUGAUGGAUGUAUUUGUCUCCACUGCGUUCACCAAAACAACAAAGCACUCAGCUUUGCGGGACUUUUCCAGCGCUCUGCGACAGUAGCUUUAAGACUCUGAAGACUUUUGGAAGAGGCGUUUCUGGUCCUCUGAGCUCAAAGCCUGGUACCUGGGGAAUAUUUAUCACUCUCUGCCCUGAAGUCGAUUGCGGAUGUUUUGCUUUUGCUCUCGUCCACAUUGCAGCAGUUUUUGUCUGUCUGUUUCUUGCAUGACAAAUAUGAUAUAUCAUAUGAUCUGCUCUGAGGAAGAAAAAAAAAACAAGUUUAUUUGAUAUAAUUCCAGAAAAGAAAAAGCCAGGUAUGCAGUUUACAGGGCAUUACAAUCCCAAAUAUUGUUCUACUGAUAAGUCAGAAGGUUUUGAUUUAUUACAGCUAAGCUACAUGCUGCAGGUUUAGUAAGCAGAGACAAAAAAAAACGUAUUAUUAUUAUUAUUUUUUUUUUUUGCUGUAAGCACAACAGCAAACUGAGUUGAGUCAGUUUUUACAGUGGGCUGCAGGGUUCAGCAAGAAAA